CUUUUUCCGCCAGUUGUAUCAAACCAGGCUAUGUCAGAGCUGGCGUUCAGCAGUAUGGAACCCCACUUGAGGGUGCUCCGGGCGAGCGGCUCCUACCACCUGGACCGCGGCUCCACGCCUCCAUGGAGGUACAGACUACACCGGGUCUACAUGGGCUUUGUCAUCUUCCUCCCCUACUUGUAUGUAGCUCAGGAGUUAGCUUAUGUUUACACGGUACGAGGUAAUCCAGAUCAAGUAAUUUACGGAUUAUUCAAGUUAUUUUCGUACAUCGACUUCAUCUACAAGAAAAUGGUUCUUUUGCUGAAAGCUGACAGAGUUGAGAAGCUCCUAAAUACUAUGAAAGGUUUUUGUAACAUUAAGUAUUAUACUUGUAUUUAUAACAAAUUAUGAAUAAUAAUUUUUAGAAGGAUAUUUUAAUUUUAUAUUUUAAACCCAAACCAAAAUUUACUAAUAUGACAGUCUAACACACAUAGGCCGCUUCCAAGAACCGCUACAACACUCUCCCCGGCCAUCUAUAUCCACUCCAGAUAAUAUCAGCUACCUGUUUAUGGUCGGCGGUCCAUUGAGCCGGAGGUCGUUC